AUGGUUGCUGCACGAGGCCGCACUGCCCGCGCUGCCCUGCUGGCUCUGCUCAUCGUGCCCGCCACGCUUUGCUUCACUGGCCUGGCUCCGGUGACCAGCGAAAGCCGCACGGCCAGAGCUGCGGAGGCAGCCAGCGGCUCUUCUUCUGUCGCACUGGUGAAAGUGACCAAGGAGAACAGCAUUGCCACCGCCGGCGUUUUGGGUGGAGUUGCCGGUCUCCUCUUGGGCGGCUUCUGGAUCGGCGCCGCAGGCUUCGUGGCAACCUCCUACUUGGCGAAGAAGGAGGACUCCGACGUGGCCUCAGUGCUGAAAGGCGUUUCUGGUGCGUCCCUCGAGGCGAUCAAUUUUGUGGACUACCUGAACUCGAAGUACGACGUCACCAGCAAGGUGGGCUCCGCUCUCAACGAGGCCUUGGAGAAGGGAGACAGUGAGACCACCUCUUCCGUGAAG